AGGUGUCGUAAUCUCUAAGAAAGUCCGAGAUCGUCUAACAGGUUUGUGGCUUAUUAUCGUAGAUAUGGUGAAAGCCGAGAGAAACCUAACAGUUUUCGUGGUACGCUUACCGACAGAGUAUUGAAGAAUAUGUGUGACUAUGUAGUUUUGAGAAUGGAUACAGAUAGUAGUACCAAACAGACAUUGUUGAGCAUUCCAUUACAAACGCUGAAAUGGCCGCUUUUUGGCUCCUCUAGUGUUGAUAAUCUGUAAUAUUUUAAUUUUGUUGAACGUGUAGCGUAAUUUUAUAUCUGAAAUUUUGUGAAAAAUGUUUAAAUUUGGAUUUACGAAAGAUGCAGUAGGCGCUGACAAAGAGGAUAAUGAAGAGGAGAAUAAAUUAGAAUGGAUACCUGCGUUCAAAUUUGAAAUCACACCUGAGCAAAUCGAAGCAAAAUAUGAGUUCUCUUAUUAUAGGGAAACAAAUAUAUUUUCUGAUUAUAAUCUAAAAUUAAUUCGCUCCGAUAAAGUAGUGGAAAAUUUAGACAAGCAAAACUGUCAGAAUAUUAUUGAGGCUGAGUCACAACAUUCCGAUCUUAUUCCAGCAAAAUACGAAGGUGGCUUAAAAAUUUGGGAAUGUACAUUCGAUUUGGGCCAAUAUAUUCUAAAAGAAGAAAUUAAAUUAAAAGAUAAACUCGUCAUGGAUUUAGGAUGUGGUGCCGGAUUGAUUGGUCUUCUCGCUCUUCUCAAAGAUGCUGUUGUUCAUUUUCAAGACUAUAAUGCAGAAGUGUUAAAGUCCGUAACUGUUCCAAACGUACUAUUGAAUUUUGACGAUCGCGCGAGUAUAUUGACGAGAUGCGAAUUUUAUGCCGGAGACUGGGCUUCCUUCGUGACGUUAUUCGACGAUGACGAGAGUAAAAAGUACGAUUAUAUUUUUACAAGCGAGACGAUUUACAAUUCGGACAAUCAUAAAAAGUUGUAUGAAAUUUUUAAGAGGAGAUUGAAAAUUAAUGGCAUUGUAUUCGUGGCUGGAAAAACUUAUUAUUUCGGCGUGGGUGGUGGAAUGAGGCAAUUCGAGAAUCUCAUAUUGAAAGAUGGUUGCUUUGAUGUCAAGUCAGUGUGGAGAAGUCAUGAUGGUGUCAACAGAGAAAUUCUAAAACUUAUUAAAAAAUAGCAUCAACAACAGGCCUAAUAUAUAACAUUAUUGUCUUCAAUGAGAUAUGAGGUAUCUAUUCGGAAUGUUGUAAUCCAUACUGGCGUCUUUUGUAUCGAAAUCUAUUUGAUUUCAUUCUCAUAUGUGUGUGCUUAACUGAUAAAAAUUCCCAACUUUAUCCCUUGUUUGUAUCAAUAAAAUUGAUUUUUUUUUA